AUGCCCGAGAAGAGGGAGCCAGGUAGAGGUCGUUCCGAAUGGGCUGGGCUGCUCCUCAAGCCUUUACUGUUGUACCGGCACGAUUCGAAGAUGUUCCGGCUGCCUCUUGUCGGUGGUCGCCUGGUGGAAAGCUUUCGAUACGCUCCCACUGGCGAGUCGGAAGUUCUCUGCUGGAUCUCCAUCGACGACGCCGAGCUGCAGUAUUGUCUCAAGCACCUGGAGUGGGAGCCACAAGAAGCUAUCAUCGUGGUGGAGCGCUCCAGCAUCAACUUGCUUAUAGACCGCGACAUGCCCUCUCGUGGAUUCUGCCUCCUCGCCACAAACCCUCCCAUCGAAGAUCGGUCUCCGGAGGCGACCAUCUAUGUCGGCCCAGUGACCUGGGGACCUGCUUCCGAGGCCGGAAACAGCAGCUUUGACGACACAGACAGAGAAGUGCCGCUCGUUUCCCACGUCCCCAUCAGGACGCAAAAGCCCAUACUGAUCGCCUCAGACAUAUCGCACUGGACCAAACUCCCGCCCUCUCGAUCCCGUAGGCUGAGGACUUUGAAACAAAUAGUCAUCGCCCAAACCAUGGUGAUCGUCCUAGCAACGCUAGGCUACGCUAUCGCCGCCCUAAUCAACAACAGCGAUGGAGGAACAACCAGCAGCAUUUCCUACUCCGAAGUCUACGACCUCCUCGACCAAACCCAGCACUGUCUCGAAACCACCUGCGUGCGCUUAUACCUCCGCGUCAGCCUUCCGCAGUGGUGCGCGCCUCUCGCCGCGGUCGUGUUCCUCUGCUGGAUCCUCUCCACCAUCCGCUACGCCGUCCUGCUGCUGCUCAUGUAUUCGAUCCAGUCGGAGGUCGACGUCAGUCAGAAGUGGUGGCGGCAGUUCCUUACCAUCUUUGAGAUUUUGAGGGUGAGUGAGGUGCCGUGGUAUAAGAGACCGCAGUUUGUGAUCUUGAAAGUUGUGGCGAAGGGGAUGGGGUUGGUUGCUGGUCGAAGCAAGACAAGGGAUGUAGCGCGGACGAAGGGGAUGUAA